AUGACUCUUAGCGCAGCAAGAGCAACUCUGCCCAUAAUACUCCAGUACUUCCGCGAGACUGACGACGGGGCGCCGCCCUUCAUCAACGCCACGGACGACGAGGCCCACUGCGACACCAAACGCGCGAACUGGAGGUUCGAGAUGCGAUUCGUGGCAAUCGAGGACGCCCGGGGGAGCGAGCACGCGUACUCGCUCGACGUGCACGGCUUCCAGUUCGCCUACCGCCCCGCACGACACACCCGCUUCGACGACGACGCCGACAUCGCGCGCGAGUACUAUCCCGAGAUGGCGGACUUUGUGAAGAGUGUCACGGGCGCGGUGGGCGUGGUUGUGUUCGACCACACCAUUCGGUGUCGGGAUCCACACGGUCACGUCUCGCCUACGAUACACCCGCGCCAACCCGUCUAUCAAGUGCACGUCGACCAAACCCCCAAGUCCGCCGUCAUCCGCCUGCGCACCGCGCUCCCCCACCUCGCGGACCAGCUCAUGAAACGCCGCUUCCAGAUCCUCAACCUCUGGCGGCCAAUAGAGAACGCGGCGGUCGACUGGCCGUUGGCGCUCUGCGACGCGCGAACCGUAGACGUCGCGAAGGAGCUGGUCCCGGUGCGAAUGGUGUGCCCCGAAGGCAGGGCUGGGGAGACGUUUAGCGUCCGGCAUGGGAAGGGGCACCGGUGGCACUUCUUGAGGGGCAUGACGCCGGAGGAGUGCGUGAUAUUCAAGUGCUUCGACUCGAUAGACGAUGGGAGCGUCGCGAGGUUCACGCCGCAUUCUGCGUUUGCGGACCCGACGGCGCCCGACGACGCGCCGUAUCGCCAGUCUAUCGAGUUGCGCGUCCUUGUGUUCUACGACCGUUAG